AUGCUCCGCUCCGCGCUCGCGACGUCGUCCCGCAUCGGACUCGACUUUGCCCUUCCUUCGCGCGGCUUCGCAACCUCGGCGAUUGCGCGUGCCGAGCGCGACGGCCCGCGUUUCCGCUGGUCGCCUCUCGACUCUGCGCCCUACCGUCGCUCUACGGGACAGGCGGACCGCGCGCCAACCCACCAGCUCUCGGUGUUCAGCAGCCGCAACAACGUCAUGCUCACAUUUUCCGACUCGCUUGGUCCCCUCUUCCCCACCAUUAGCGGCGGCACCGACCUGACGUUCAAGAAGGGCCAGCGGGGCGGGUACGAGGCUGCGCACCAGGCCGCGCUCAAGAUGUUCAAAAAGCUCGGCGAGUUUGAGGACGAGUGCCGUACCCUGCGCCCGACUGAGCGUAUUUGGCUCAAGGUCGCUUUUAACGGGACGGCGGGGCAGGGGCGAACUGCUGUUGCCGACGCGAUUUCGGGGCCGGACGGCGCAGAGAUUCGCCCCCUCGUCUCGCGGGUUGAGGACCACACCCCGUUCCGUAUUGGCGGGACUCGCGGGCGUUCGCCGCGCCGUGUCUAA